CGAAAACGAAAGUAGAUGCUAAUAUUUUUAACAACAGGGAUUUUCCAUAUUAUAAGAGGAAACUAAUAAUCAAAUUGAAGUAACAUUACAACAAUGGCAGAGAGUUUAGUACAACUUCCAGAAUGGGCAUACCAAGCAUUAGAUACAGAUAGUCAGGAGGUCAAAGAGGCAGCAGAAAAUUCCGAUAAUCACUCUCUGUUAAAAGUGGAUGUGAAGGGCAAAUUGACUAAUAAUGAACCAUGCCAGUUUAUCAUGGAUGUCAAUGGAAAUAGUUGUAAUAUUUAUCAGACAGAGAUAACCCGAGUGAGAAGUUGUUUAUUGAAAAAAGUUGGGGGUGAAAAUGGUGAUACAAAGUAUGGUGUACAGAUAUCUACUAUGAUUGGAGUUGAUUUUGUCUGGUUCCUGAUAUUAUUUGAGUCAUUAGAUGAUACCAUGAAGGUUUUGAACAUUUGCCGUCGGAGUUUACACUCAAAAGGUGGAUACAUUGAUUAUCUUUGUCCAAAAUGGACAGGUAGUCUAGAAAUCCAGGUGUCCACUUUACAAGGAGGUUUCUCAGAUGAUAUCCCUGAAGAGAGUUAUACUAUCAUUUUGGAUGAAGAAGCGUUCUUUUUGUUCCGAGACUUCAAUAAAAGACUGCCGGACUUUUUUUUAAUGUUUUACAAAGAAGGCACAGACCAUAGUAUAGAAAGAGCCCUUGUACAACACUAUAGCAAUGAUAUCGUACUGGAAAGUGUCAAGAUGAAAUUUGUCAUAAAAAAUGCUGUUGGCUAUAGCAGUUUUACUGAAGCUAUCAAAAUGAUCAAACCAAAACCAAAGCAGAUCUUUGAAGAUCAUUCAAAGAUUGCCAAAUAUCUUACAGAUUUAGAACAAAUUAAUCAUGAUGAAAAUGUCAGCCAAGAACUUCAGAAAAGACAAGAAAACCCCUCAGGAUCAAGAUACAGACAAGACUAUGAGACAGAAUGGGGAGAACAAUCAAACACUUCUGAGGCUGGGAAUCAAGCUUCUGUAAUAUCAAGGGAGUUAGAUCAAGCUUUGGAGAGCUUAUCGGUUAACGAAGAUUUGAGUUUACCUUGGAUAGUGGCUGAAGAUGAAAUGAAAUUAAUGCUAGAAAAUCCAGAGGCAUUAGAAGACAGCAUGACAGAUAUGUUAUCUGGUGGGUUAGAUCCAAAUGAUGCAAACCAUUUAAUGAAAAGUUUUAGUGAAAUCAAAGAACAUCUUACACGCCAAAGAUAUGAUCUUGCUUUGUCUCGUCUGAAAGGAACAAAGACUGUAUUCCAGGAAUCAGCAGUCCCAGAAAUAAAGAGACUGAUAGGAACUGAUGAACUUGAACUUCUGAAGAAAUUGUAUUUUCACUCUUUAAUCGAAGGCUUAUGAAGAAAAUAUUAUCAUGAUUAUAAUACUGCACCUAUUCAUCAAACUAAGAAAUAUUAUUUAGUCUUUAACUAAAGAUUUUUGAGAUAUUGGCUGGAUUAUUAUUAGAAAUAGUUUAUGGUAGCAGGAAUCAAAAACCUUUUGGUUAAAAUUGCUAUUUUAUCACAUUCAUCUUUAAUAUGUCUUCUUUUAUCUGAAGACUCUGAUUUCACAUAGUUUUUGUUUUGUAGAAAAGCACAGUUUGAUUGUAUAAAACAAGUUUUGUAAGUGAUUUUUGAUUUUCUUCAAGGACGAAAAUGCGAAACAUUAUACUUUGUUGUGACAGAAGUUCAACUAAUUUUUUUUGACUCUCUAUCGUACCAAAGUUUGUGUAACGUCAUCAGUUUUCGUCAAACUGGCAAUAACAUUUUCCCAAUAUCAAUGCAAUAUCAUUUUGACCGUCGUGAGUUUAAAAAAAAAGUUUUAUUUUAAGAUAAUCAUUGUGUACUAAUAUUACUAUUAGUAUUUCUUUUGAUAUACUUUUACAUUACUGAUCUCGACUAGUGAAACCUUUCAUUUAAAUAUAUUUUGUGUUUAAGUGAAAAUUUAUGCAAAUGGUUAAUUUUUACCUACAUUUUUUACAUGAUUUUUUUAAAGUUCUGUAACUCAUGGAUCAUUAGUGUGUUUGUCUCUCAUAUAGUCAUAACAAUGGAAACAUUUAAGAUAUAUACAUAUAUAAUAUACUGAAAGUUGUGAAUUUCUUAUCACAUUUUAUCGGUGAAAAUUGAAGUGUGAAAUUCCAUAAAAUAUGCAUAGCAUUUUGUAUAACAAAUGCGAAAAAGGUAAAGUUCUUGACAACACAAAUACGGAAACAUAGGGGGGGGGGGGGGCUAAAAAAAUGUAAAUGUAAUACUAAAAAUGUCAAAGUAGACAGUCAAUCAAACAACAGACAUGUUCAUACAGUGGAGAGAGUGAAGUAUUUGUAUUUACAUAUUAAGCUUUAUUAACAUGCGUAAUUUUGGGUCCUCAAUGCUCUUCAACUGCCACCUUAAAUUGGCCUUUUUAACUUUUUUGAUUCGAGCGUCACUGAUGAGUAUUUUGUAGACGAAACGCGCGUCUGGCGUACAAAAGUUUAAGCCUUGUAUCUAUUAUGAGUUAUUAUUUAGUGUAUAAUGUAAUUCGAUUUUACAUGUCAUUCAGAUCACAUAUGCUUAUUAAUCAAGCUAAUGAGAAUAAAUCAUUUCUAAGUUUGUCCUAUACAUGACUUAUUAUAACUUUUUUUAUAAUGAUUUUACUUUUAUUAAAUUCAUGUACAUGUUUUAUAUAAAGAAAUUGUAUUCCAUAACAAAGUUUUAAAUUUAGUGAUUUUGUUAUAGAAUAAUCUAAUUUAGGGCAUGACCCAUGAAUGAUUUUAAAUAAAUUUUGCAUUUGAAAACAA